AUGCCAGAGGAAAAUCUCACAUAUGUGAAGGAAUUCAUUCUCCUGGGAUUUUCUGACCUGCCCAAUCUCCAAGGUUUUCUAUUUGGAAUAUUCUCUGUCAUGUACCUAAGUAUACAGAUAGGAAAUGGCCUCCUCAUUGUUCUAACCAAGAUUGAUCCAGCUCUCCAUACCCCUAUGUAUUUUUUCUUAGGGAACUUUUCCUUUUUAGAAAUGUGUUACACAUCAGUCACUCUGCCCAGAAUGCUGGCAGAUCUCUGGACCCAGAAGAGAACUAUUUCCUUCCUGGCCUGUGCUGUACAAACUUGUUUCCUUUAUAUUUUUGGAGUGGCUGAGUGCCUUCUCCUGACUGUGAUGGCUUAUGACCGUUAUGUGGCAAUCACUAAACCUCUCUAUUAUACUCUCAUUAUGAAUCACAAAGUAUGUAUCCAACUGGUUGUGAUUUCUUGGCUGACUGGGGUCCCAGUCUUGAUAGGUGAGACGUACCAGAUUUUUUCUCUCAACUUCUGUGGACCUAACAAAAUAAAUCAUGUUUUCUGUGAUGCCCCACCUUUAUUCCCAUUAGCAUGUACAAACACCUAUAACAUAGAGGUCUCUAUCCAUGUUGUGGCUCUACUCUUUGUUACAAUGCCCUUUGUUUUGAUACUUGCUUCCUAUAUCAAAAUCAUAACUACAAUAAUGAAAUUGCCCUCCACCUCAGGGAGAUCCAAAGCCUUCUCCACUUGUUCUUCUCACCUAAUGGUUGUGUGUUUUUUCUAUGGGUCUGGAAGUAUUGUGUAUUUGCAGCCAAAAUCCAGACAGUCAUCAGGGUCCAGCAAAAUGCUUGGUCUUUUCUACAAUACUGUGACCCCAAUGUUUAAUCCCCUCAUCUACAGUCUGAGAAAUAAGGAUGUCAUUGCUGCACUGAGAAAACUACUUCCUAAGUGA